AUGUUGGUGUUAGUUACUUUGGGUAACUUCGGGCUGUAUGUUUUCUUAUUGUAUGAGUGGAAGGAUCUUUCUGAAUUAGUCGACCCUUACCUAGGUUUUAAUACUUAUAUAAUCUUGUUAUUCUCCAUUCUAAGAGAUGCUUUAGUGUUAUUUGAUGCGGGUGCAACCCAUUCGUUUGUAUCUACAUGUUUUGCUGGGAAAUUGGGUAUGGCACCAUCUGUUUUGAGUGAACCUCUAGCUGUGUCUACACCUAUGUCUGAAGGUGUAGUAGUGGACGUCGUUUAUCCUUCUUGUCCUGUGGUUAUACAGGGUAGAGAAUUAUGUGCUGAUUUGAUUGUACUUGACGUUCUUUCUUUUGAUGUUAUCUUGGGGAUGGACUGGUUGUCACGCCAUUAUGCUUCUAUUGACUGUCGAGGGAAGUCAGUCGAGUUCAGGAUUCCAGGUGAUCUACCUUUUUCCUUUCAGGGAGAAAAGGCAGAGACACCUAAGAAUCUGAUUUCUGCCAUCAAGGCGACGCGGAUGUUAGGCAAGGGUUGCCAGGGUUUUCUUGCUGUGGUUCGUGAUUUGGAGACUAGUAGUGGUGAUAUGCAUAGUGUUCCGAUAGUGAAUGAGUUCACUGAUGUGUUUCCAGAGGAAUUGCCUGGAUUACCACCUGAUCGUGAUAUUGAGUUUUGCAUUGAUGUGGUUAUUGUCAAGAACAAAUAUCCUCUUCCUCGCAUCGAUGAUUUGUUUGACCAGUUGCAGGGUGCGAAGUGUUUUUCCAAGAUUGAUUUGAGGUCUGGGUAUCAUCAGCUACGGAUCCGUGAUGCAGAUGUGCCUAAGACUGCUUUUCGGACUCGUUAUGGACAUUUUGAGUUUCUGGUUAUGUCCUUUGGUCUGACGAACGCACCAGUAGCGUUUAUAGAUAUGAUGAACAGAGUGUUCAAGCCUUUUUUGGAUCAGUUUGUUAUCGUAUUCAUUGAUGACAUUUUGAUCUAUUCUCGGAAUUUCUCCAGAAUAUCUGCACCGUUGACUAAACUGACACAGAAGGGUGUUAAGUUUGAGUGGACUGACAAGUGCGAGGCGAGCUUUGAGAAGCUCAAGGAGAUUUUGACUACAGCUCCGGUUUUGGCAUUGCCUUCUGGCAUUGACGGUUUCACAGUGUAUUGUGAUGCGUCUCGGAUUGGUUUGGGUUGCGUUCUGAUGCAACAUGGACAGGUGAUUGCCUAUGCUUCCAGACAGUUGAAGAAGCAUGAGGUGAAUUACCCUACUCAUGAUUUAGAGUUGGCAGCUAGUCUGAAGUAUAUCUUUGAUCAGAGAGAAUUGAACUUGAGACAGAGGAGGUGGUUAGAGUUGCUGAAAGACUACGACUGCACUAUUCAGUACCAUCCUGGUAAGGCUAAUGUGGUAGCCGAUGCGUUGAGUCGCAAGUCUUCAGGCAGUUUGGCUCAUAUUUCGGAGAUUGGGCGUAGACCCAUGGUGAGAGAGUGGCACAGUUUGAUAGCUUCGGGCUAUGGUUUGCAGAUUUCUCAGGCUGGAUGUUUGUUAGCACAGCUACAAGUGCAACAUGUUUUGAUUGAUCGGAUUAAAGCUUUACAAGCUGAGGAUUCACAGUUGAAACGGAUUAUUGAGGAGGUUCAGCAGGAUAGAAAUCCUGAGUUUACAUUUGUGGAUGGUGUGAAGCUGGAACAUCAGAGACCUUUUGGCUAUCUGCAACCACUACCUAUUCCAGAGUGGAAGUGGGAGCGGAUUGCUAUGGAUUUUGUGGUUGGGUUACCACGUACUCGACAGGGAUACGAUUCCAUCUGGGUGAUAGUUGACCGUAUGACCAAGUCAGCUCAUUUCCUUCCGAUAAAGGUUUCGUAUACUGCUUCGAGGUUGGCUCAGUUGUACAUCGACAGGAUUGUCAGUUUGCAUGGUGUACCGGUUUCUAUUGUUUCAGACAGAGGUUCUGUGUUUACUUCGAGGUUCUGGAAAGCGUUACAGGAAUCCUUGGGUUCUCGGUUGGAUUUCAGUACAGCUUUUCAUCCUCAGACUGACGGUCAGUCUGAGAGGACUAUUCAGACGUUGGAGGAUAUGCUCAGGAUGUGUGUUCUCGAUUUUCAGGAUAGCUGGGAUACUCAUUUGCCGUUGAUUGAGUUUUCUUAUAACAACAGUUACCACGCGAGUAUCGAGAUGGCGCCAUAUGAGGCUUUGUACGGGCGCAAGUGUAGAUCUCCUAUCUGUUGGGAGGAGGUCGGAGAGCGUAAACUCUCGGGAUCAGAGAUUAUUCAGAUUACCUCAGAGAAGGUACCGUUGAUUAAGCGGAGGUUAGAGACUGCUUUUAGUCGGCAUAAGAGUUAUGCUGAUCCGAAGAGGAAAGACAUUGAGUUCCAGGUUGGUGAUUUCGUAUUUCUUCGGGUUUCGCCUAUGAAAGGCGUGGUUCGUUUUGGUGUCAAGGGAAAGUUGGCACCGAGGUAUAUUGGUCCUUAUGAGAUUUCGGAGAGGAUUGGAGCUGUGGCUUAUCGUCUGGUUCUACCGCCAGACAUGUCGUUAGUACAUCCGGUGUUUCACGUUUCUAUGUUGAGAAAGUGCGUUUCUGAUCCUUCGCACGUGAUUGUGCCUCAGAGUGUUGAGAUUGACCAGGAGCUGUCCUAUGAGGAACAGCCAGUUGAGAUUGUUGAUACGCAGGUGCGUAAAUUGCGGAACAAGGAGAUUCCGAUGGUUAAGGUUCUCUGGCGCAAUCAUUCUGUAGAGGAGUGUACUUGGGAGACCGAGUCGGAUAUGCGGAAUCGCUAUCCUUUU